CUCAUCUCUGCUAGAUGCUAACUGGCUAACGGUCUGUCCGUCAGUUAGUAAGGAGCAUUCACUCAGCGGUCGGGCUACCUCCAGCAGCGGUGGGACGUGCGUGCCGCGGCGGCGAACGACGCUUGGACACCCGGACGGUGGCGCCGCGAGCGACGAAAUGGCCGGCCAGCAGUUCCAGUACGACGAUAGCGGCAAUACGUUUUUCUACUUUCUCACGUCGUUCGUGGGACUCAUCGUGAUCCCGGCCACCUACUACUUCUGGCCGCGGGAUCAGAAUGCUGAACAAUUGCGUCUGAAGAGCCUGCGAAGGGUGCACGGCAGGUGCUUGUGGUACCGGCUCCGGCUGAUGAAGUCCCAGCAGAGCAUCGUCCCCACGCUCAAGAAAACUGCCUUGUUAUUUGGCUGGGCUGUCUUCCUGCUGCUUGCGUACAAAGUGUCCAAGCUGGACAGGGAGUACCAGGAGUACAAUCCUUAUGAAGUCCUCAGCCUGGACCCGGGGUCAUCGCUGUCUGAAAUCAAGAAGCAGUACCGCGUGCUGUCGCUCCAAUUCCAUCCGGACAGAGGCGGGGACGAGGCCACGUUCAUGAGGAUUGCUAAAGCUUACGCCGCUCUCACCAAUGAACAAUCCCGAAAAAACUGGGAAAUGUACGGCAACCCGGACGGUCCAGGCGCCACCAGUUUUGGUAUCGCUCUGCCUGCCUGGAUUGUGGACCAGAAAAACUCAAUGCUGGUCUUGCUGGUGUACGGUCUGGCCUUCAUGGUCAUCCUCCCUGUUGUAGUGGGCACGUGGUGGUACCGCUCCAUCCGAUACAGCGGAGACCAGAUCCUCAUCAACACCACUCAGCUCUUCAUGCACUUCAUGUACAAGACACCCAACAUGAACAUGAAGCGGUUAGCCAUGGUGCUGACGGCAGCGUUUGAGUUUGACCCACGCAACAAUAAAGAAGCCACCAUCCGACCCACGGAUAACAUCGAAGUGCCACAGUUGAUUCGUGAGUUGGGAAACAUCAAUGUGAAGAAGAAGGAGCCUCCCUUCUGCUACCCAUACAGUCUGAAGGCCCGAGUUUUGGUCCUCUCUCACCUGGCACGCAUGGAUGUGUCUGAGGAGUUGGAGGAAGAUCAGAGGUUUGUGGUGAGGAAGAGUCCAGCUCUCCUCCAGGAGAUGAUCAACGUGGGCUGUCAGCUCACCAUGAUGGCCAACAGCAGAGGAGGUUUCCACGCUCCUCGCCUGGUCACCAUCGAGAACUGCAUGAAGCUGACCCAGAUGAUUGUGCAAGGCCUGCAGGAGUCAAAGUCACCCCUGCUGCAGCUGCCCCAUUUCGAGGAAGAGCAUCUCCGUUACUGCAUCUCCAAGAAGUACAAGGUCCGGAGUCUGCAGGACCUGGUGAGCCUCAAAGACUCGGACAGACGUAGCAUGCUGCGCUUCCUGGGGGAAGAGAAAUACGACGAGGUUAUGGCUGUGCUCGGCAGCUUCCCUCACAUCACUAUGGACACCAAAUUACAAGUCCUCGACGACGAAGACAGCAGCAACAUCACGGCAGGCUCCAUAGUCACGGUUACGGUCACCUUAACUAGAAAACGAAUGGUGGAGGUGUUUGAAAAAGAGCAGGAGUCCUUGCCAUGUCCAGGAGAGGAGGUGGGGGCCCCCACAGAGGAAGCAGGAGAUGUGAAUAAAGUCAAAGCAAAGCAAGUGUGGCAGAACAAGAGCAAAGGCACCAAGAAGACUGCAAAGUCCAAGAAGAAAAAGCUCACUAAGAAGAAGGCCACGCCAGGACCGGUCAAAGGCAAGCAGGCCAACGGCAGCGUGGCGGGAAAUGAGGUGGCCUCGGCGGCCAAGGAGGAGGAGGAGGAGAUCUCGGACAAAGGCAGCGAGUCGGACGAGGGUGAGACCAACAAAGACUCUCCCAGCGAGAGAGAUGAAGACAGCGACAAGCAGAGCGACACUGAGGUGGACGAGAUGGCUGGAGACGACGAGGAGGAGUGGGAGGCGCUGCAGCAGAGCAUCCAGAGGAGAGAGCGCGCCCUGCUGGAGACCAAGUCCAAGGUGACGCACGCCGCCUACAGCCUCUACUACCCUGAGGAGAAACAGGAGUGGUGGUGGCUCUACAUCGCUGACCGGCGGGACCAGACCCUCGUGUCCAUGCCCUACCAUGUCUGCACGCUCAAGGACACUGAGGAGGUGGAGCUGAAGUUUCCGGCACCUUCCAAAACGGGCAACUAUCAAUAUUCUGUCAUCCUCCGCUCGGAUUCCUACUUGGGACUGGACCAGAUCAAACCACUCAAGCUGGAGGUUCACGAGGCCAAGGCCAUGCUGGACAACCAUCCCCAAUGGGACAUCCCAGACACGGAGGAGGACGACGAGGAGCAGGAGGACAGCGACGGCAUCGAGGAGAGUGAAGACGACGAUGACGACGACAACGACUGAGCACGCGCACACCCCGGCCCCUGCCGUCCCUUACUUCCUCCACACACACGCUGACGCAAAGACUCAGCCCGGGACAUUUUUGUACACUCUGGUCCAUAUCCUCUCCCAACACGCCAGCGCUCGCCUCUUUUCUAUGUGUGUGUGUGUGCAUGUGUGUGGGUUUCUAACCUGGUAAGAAUGUGUACAGGUGCGAUAAAAUGGGGACUGGAGCAGCCAUCUUGUGAGAGGCCAUGUGUGUAGAACAACAACAAAUUGUGUUCCUUUCGCCUCAAGUUGUCACAAUCACUUGACAGCACACCACACCAAAUCGACUUUAUAAUAGAACUUGAAGGGUCACUAUUAAGAACCAUGCUAUUUUCUAAUAGUGUCAUCAUUAGUCCUUCUCUCACUCUGCACACUAGUACAUAGUAGGUUUUUGUCGCACCACAUUCCAGUGUGUCGUCAUCGCCCGCAGAAGCCUUACAAAUACGAAAAGUGAUAAAAAAAAAAUAAAAACGAAAUGUACAAAAAUAUUUUAGAAAGUCCACUUGGGUGCCAUGCACCCGCCGGUCUUCUCAGCUCGGCAGUAUUUUUGUUUUCUUUUUGUUAGCGUAGUUGACCUUUAGCGCACCCUGUCUGGGUGAUUUAUUUUUGUUCUCAAUGCUUAUUUGUUUUGUAAAAAUCCACAUGUAUGUUUUUAUUUUUUUUUUGGCAGGGGGGGGCGGGGUCCUUUCAAAGCUGUGUUAACUGGGAAGGGCAGCUUUUUUUGGGGGGGGUGAGUUGUAUCUCGAGUACAUACGAUCCACUGAGGAGGCGGCCCGUACGGUGAUAGGGUAGUGCAGGGGUGUCAAACUCAUUUUCGUCACGGGCCACGUCGUAGUUAUCAUUUCCCUCGGAGGGCCGUUCUGACUGAACCCAUGUAAAUGUAUGAUCGUUGUAUAUUAUUACAUAUACACAACACAUUCAUUCAUAACUAGUUUUGAAAUCAGUAAAGAACUGUUCAACUAUUAUUAUUUUAAAGGGGAGAUGGACCAAAAAAAAAACCUUAGUCUUUUUAAAAGUGAAGACAAUUAGCAAUUUUGGCAUUUUAGCAAGAAACAUAAAGUAGAGGCACAUGAUUUGCGGUCGCGGGUCACAUAAAAUGAUGUGGCGGGCCGGAUCUGGCCCUCGGGCCUUGGGUUUGACACCUGUGGUGUAGCGUGUACAUACGGCUGGCCAAUAGAAUGUAGCGUCAGUGAUGUGACACUGUGCUGAAGUGUGCAGGGAUGACCUUUAUGGCAAUCCGUUUGAGCAUUUAUUUGAUAUCCAUCAUAUCAAAGUACUAGUACGGUCUUUGUCCUCAAUAGUGAGACAAUUCACCGGACUAGUCGGAUAUCGAAUGGAUCCUUGCACGGGUUGGCGUAGCCCCUCGUCUCCUCUCUCUUUCUCUCUCUCAAAACCCCUCCUGUGACAAACUUAUUGUAUUCGAAGUAUCCCAAUGACUCCUCCACCUCCGCUUUCUGCCACUCGUUUACAAAGGAACUGGCAUUGUAAAUGGAUUAAAAAAAAAAAAAGAAAAAGUAUAUUAUUUGUAUUUAAAAUCAUUUCAAAUAAAAACUUUUAAAUGAA